AUGAUCUCCAAAAUUGCUGCCACUACCGCUUCAGGCAAUAUGCAUCGCCUGCUUGGAAGAAUUCUGAUCGGGCACAACAUCUCGCCCAGAGCCGAUGGCGGAACGAAUGACACUACUUCCUUGGCUGAAGCUUGGGGUUUGCAGUCAGGCGUCUAUACUCCACGCCAGCUGGUAGAGAGUUUUGCACCUUUGCUGGACGUCGUAGUCCACCAAUUGGGAAGCGAUCCACCAAAUUCAAAGCCUUCUCGUGUUCGGCUUCUAGAUAAUCUCGCUGCCAACCUGGCUACCGAUACGCGCGAAGCCACCCUCCGCCUCGCGGAACCCCUCGAUAUUUCACGAAAAGAAAUGAAAGACCAGGCAGCCCGAAUCGGCAAGUCGCUGGUUGAGUGGGCGCGCGAGUCUCAAUCCAAAUCACUUGACCCCAGCAUGUAUCUCCGCAGUCCCUGUGAGGGCCACUUGCUCAUUCCGUCCAACGUGGACUUGAUGUUUGGUGACCGAAGCCAACCGCACCUGAUGCAGUUAUUCAACGAGUACAUGCACCAGAUGGUCCUUCUUCGUGAUGCCCUUCUCCCAUUUCAGAAUUACCAGGAUGUCCUCAUACCUAUCGACGGCAAGACUGCGAGAGGUAUUCGCCAUUUGGAGUCUGCUAGGGCCCAGUUUCUCGCCGAGAUGCUCACGAAGCAUACAACCCAGAAGGGAGUCAUGUCCUAUGCCAAAACACUUUUGGCACCAAAGCUCUUUUCCACUGCCUCUGCUGGUUAUGGCUUUCAGUAUGCACAUGGGACUGUUCUGCCAGCGUUCCUGGCUGGUGGUUCAACCUCGCUGCAUUUGCUGCAGUAUAUUCCGGCGAGAAUUGAACCCAGCACAACAGACAUCUUAUUCGACUAUCGGUUCGAAGACUACUAUUCUGCACCUCGGCAUGAGAUACCCGCAGGUAUGCCAAUUGACGUGUCUGCUCUUAGCUUCCCGGAAGAAGAGCCACCUCUAGUCGAGGAUGUCUCAGUGGGUCUACUCCGUUUUUCAGAGAAUGUAUCUCAGCUUGAACUACGGAUCGAAUUUAAAUGCGGGAAUUGUGCCGCUAUUGACCUAGGGCAAAUUGCUCGUGGGCAUCGGUACUCAUACUUUGCACGGCAAUCCAAUGAUCUCCCAGAAAGCACCGAGAUCUUGAGCGAUGCUACGAUUGAGCCUCAAAAGACACCGGCAUCUGUCAUUGUUCACCGCCCCACUGACAUCUUCAAGAUACCCAACACAGGUCUCCUGAGUGCCAAAGCAGGUGGUGUCCAUGUGAUUCCUGCCGUUGAUCCAGUUGUCACUCUGGCUAUUCUGGGGAGGCUCUAUCCUGAGAAUGUGAUAUUGCUGCCUCGAAAUGAGGCGCUAUGUCAGACUGAAAAUGCUGGUAAAGGCUUUGAGCCCAUGUUUGUGAUUUGGGGCGGUGUUGAGCGUGGUGGGCUGAAGGGUGUUUUUUGA